CUCACCACUCACGGCUCACGGCUCACGGCUCACGACACUCUUCUGUCUCCUCCGGCUUGCGAGUAUCUCACCCCCACACCUUCGAUACACCUCUAUUUGGAUCUCACCUCCUCUGCCUUCCGCUGCAAGAAGACUGUCAGCCAGACAUUAGUGUGGAGAUAGGCGAGUGGCACAUCAUCCUCUCGCCCUUUUUGGCCGACCCCGGCGGAAUCGCAUCCCUUGGUUAGGCAUUCCAUACGCCAUCACUCAGAGAGCGGAAAACAGCGUCGAAGCUGCCAAGGACUCACCAAGGGCCGACUAUCCAUCAGACUAUUCAUCCGCUCAAAGCCUACACAAUGUCGUACAGCGGGCAGUCAGGCGCGGCAGCAUUCACUCAGGGAGGAGGAGGUCAAGGAGGAUCAGGCUUUGGAGGUGCAUUUGGAGGAAGCAGGCAACAGACUGCGAUGGAGUACAUCUGUGCAGAUUGCUCUGCUAUCAACGAGAUCAGACCACGAGAGCCAAUCAGAUGCAGAGAGUGCGGUCAUCGUAUCAUGUACAAGAAGAGGACGAAGCGUAUGCUUCACUUCGAGGCUAGGUGAUCGAGUGUAGGCGGGUGGAGGUCAGGUGCGAAAAUAGCAUCGAAUCCUGCAAGGAUCAGGACGCAGGAUGGUAUAGCGUCAUCACGACUAUCGCCCAGCGCCGACAAAUCCGUCGCCACUAGGCAGACUCUAAUAUCCGACCUCCGCAAGCAAAGGCACAAUCGUCACCAGUCUCAGCCUCUUUAUGAGCGGUAUGCGACUCCUUGGACGGUCUUUCGACUUCAUUCGAGGCAGCUUCAGAUGACCAGCCACCAAGUUUCUGUGUCCCAAGUACUUUGAAAUAGGGAUACAUGCGUCAUCGGUC